GUGGGCGUAACUCUUAUUACCCUUAGCAAGCUAAUGCUGGAGGAAAAUCGAUCAAGGGAAUUUUAACAAAACGAAACCAAAUCCAUUGGAUAAAACAGGGAGAAGACAGUACUCUUCAGCAGGAGAUUACCCUGCAACCCUUCAAAGACCUGAUGGCGACCGACAUGCCCAUGGACACGGUGCCGGCUCCCAACCCUGCCCCAGCCUCACCUCCUGAACUCCCCCCAGCCUCUCCUCCUGCCCUCAGCCUCGAUGCUGCCCAAGAUCAAAUUCCCACCCAGGAGCCAGCAAUAGCUGAAACCCCCGACACAGCGGUGACCUCAGAACACGUAGCAACUCCUGAGCUCGCUCCAGCUCAUCCCGCAGAUCCAAACAUGGCCCCCGGCAGCGUUCCAGGUCCUGAGCUGCCCACGACCCCUCUGCAACCACUGCUGCCACCAGUCAGCGCCAAGAACCCCAGCUGUAAGAUCAUGACCUUUAGGCCCACAAUGGAGGAGUUUAAGGACUUCGCCAAAUACAUUGUCUACAUGGAGAGCCAGGGAGCUCACCGUGCUGGCCUGGCAAAGGUGAUUCCCCCAGAGGGCUGGAAGCCACGUAAAUCCUACGAUACCAUCGAGGACAUGGUAAUCCCAGCUCCCAUCACACAGGUGGUGACCGGGCAGUCAGGCCUGUUCACCCAGUACAACAUCCAGAAGAAAUCUAUGACAGUGGGAGAGUACCGCAAGCUGGCUAACAGCAAGAAGUACUGCACACCACGACACAAAGAUUUUGAUGACUUGGAGAGGAAGUAUUGGAAGAAUCUGACAUUUGUGUCACCAAUUUAUGGUGCAGAUGUCAGUGGCUCCAUCUAUGAUGAGGAUGUUCAUGAGUGGAACAUCGGCCACCUCAACACACUGCUGGAUAUGGUGGAGCAGGAGUGUGGCAUAGUCAUCGAGGGUGUCAACACUCCCUACCUAUACUUUGGCAUGUGGAAAACCACAUUCGCGUGGCACACUGAGGACAUGGACCUCUACAGCAUCAACUAUCUACAUUUUGGGCAACCCAAGUCCUGGUACGCAGUCCCACCUGAGCAUGGCAAGAGACUGGAGAGGCUGGCCCAAGGAUUCUUCCCAGGAAGCUCCCAAGGCUGCGAUGCCUUCCUUCGCCACAAGAUGACGCUGAUUUCUCCAUCCAUCCUGAAGAAAUAUGGCAUUCCUUUUGACAGGAUCACUCAGAAUGAAGGGGAGUUCAUGAUCACCUUUCCUUACGGCUACCAUGCUGGAUUCAACCACGGCUUCAACUGUGCAGAAUCCACCAACUUUGCCACCCUGCGCUGGGUGGACUACGGCAAGAUGGCUACACAGUGUACUUGCCGUAAGGACAUGGUGAAGAUCUCCAUGGAUGUGUUUGUGCGCUGCCUGCAGCCAGAUCGCUAUGAGCUUUGGAAGCAGGGUAAAGAUGCAACAGUGUUGGAUCAUCUUAAGUCCACAGAGUUAAGCAGUCCUGAACUCGAGCGCUGGAGGCAGAAUCGUGUGACUCAACGUGAAAACCUCCUGCGAAGGGCCAUGCAGAAAAUGAAGCAGUUCCGUCGCCUGAAGCUAGAGGAGGUGAAGGUGCUGGCCGAAGAAGGUAUUGAGCUGAAUGCGGCUGAAUACCAGCGUCAGGUGGAGGAGCGUGAUGCCCAGCGACGACAGGAGCGAGAAGAGCGUUUAGCCCGAGAGGCCAUGAUGACCUUGGAGGCCAUGGAGCGUGAGGAGCAACAGGCUGCUGAGGCUGCUGCGAGGGCAGCUGAGAUGCCAGCUAUAGAGGCACAAGAGCAUGAGACCAAACCACAGAUUUUAAUGGAGGACAAUGAGAAAAAGAAGCAGAAGAAGACAAAGAAGAUCGCAGAUAUCAACAGUGCUGCCACCAAUGGGUUUCAGGAAGCCUUUGAGCAGUUUGCUACUUCUGGCAUAAGGACUCCAGUGAACCAAGCAGUUCUUAAAAAGGAGCCAGUGAGCCUCCCUAUCCGAGGGCAGACCGAAAUCCCAGCAGACAUCAAGCCAGAUGUAAAUGCCACCCAGGCAUGUUACUCAAAGAUGAAGAUGCCAACAGAGGUCAAAAAGAGUCGCCGUCAUCCCCUCAGCAAACCACCCAUGCGCUCUCCAUUGUCCCUCGUCAAGACAGAACCAACAGGCGACAUAGCACUGUCCUCCCCCAUGCCACUGGACAGUGACAUGAAGAAACAGCAGCAUCUGUGGCAGAAUCACUCCCCUAACUUCCUGGCAGAAAAGGCCUUCAAUAAUGCAGUGUCAGCCCUUCAACCACACUGUUCUAUCUGCUCUCUUUUCUGCCCCUACACAAAGCAAAUGGCUCCAAAUGACUCCCAGGCAGCCCUCAUUCCACGUCCAGGCAGCCGCACCCGUCCGCUGGUGUCAGAGAUGUGCUUCAGUGAUGGUGCAGGCAACACGGAGCCCUCGCCCACCAACUAUAACACUGGAGAGGAUGGAACCAGCCCUCUGCUCUGCUGCAACUCCUGCCAAAUGCAAGUUCAUGCCAGUUGUUAUGGUAUAAAGCCAGACCAUGUCAGUGAUCCCUGGAUGUGCUCCAGGUGUGUGGCUGGAGCCUGGACAGUGGAGUGUUGUCUGUGUAACCUGCGUGGAGGAGCUCUAAAGAUUACAACCGACAACCGGUGGGUCCAUGUCAUCUGUGCCAUAGCUGUGGCUGAAGCUCGCUUUGUCAACGCCAUCGAGAGGGAGCCGGUGGAUGUCAGCGCCGUCCCAGAAUCCCGCAAAAAUCUGAAGUGCGUUUUCUGCCACAGCAAGAAUCUCAGUCAGAACCGUGGCGCCUGCAUCCAGUGUACAUACGGGAACUGUGCAACCUCCUUUCAUGUCACCUGCGCACAGAUCGCCGGCGUUGUCAUGACCCCGGCUGAUUGGCCUUACGUGGUGUCUGUCACCUGCCACAGGCAUAAAAGGGCCCCUCCUAAGCCUCGGCCAGCACCCAAAGUUCCUCAGGGUCCGACCCUUGGUCAGAGGGUGAUUGGCCGUAAUGCCGACAGCUGGUACUACCACUGUGACAUCAUCGGUGUGGCCACACAGACGUACUACGAGGUCAACUUUGACGACGGCUCAUACUGCGACAACCUGCACCCUGAAAACAUAUUAAGUCAUGACUGCCUGAGCAGCGGCCCUCCUGAGGUGGGAGAGUUAAUCUUGGCCAGCAUGCCUGAUGGUCAGGUCCUCAACGCCUCCUUCGUCAAACAGCACACCCACAAGAUUUACCAGGUGGAGUUUCAGGACCGGACUCAGCUGAUGUUAAAACACUCAGAGAUCCAUCAGCUGGAUCAGGAGCUGCCUAAGAGGGUCCGAGCCAGACUGGCCAUACCUGCCCCACAGGAACAGGUUCCCCCCACUGAUGGAGCAAAAGCAGCCAAGCGCCCCCGCCUGCCCUCCAAAAAAGCCCCUCGUGGUAACAUCCCCAUGGAGACGACCCAGAAUCCCCCCUGUCCUCAAACUACAGCUCAGUUAGCAGCACCAGCAGCAGAAAACCCCAGUAUUAACACACCACCGACCUCACAACCCCCUUCUCAGUUCACCCAGACCCUGACCCCCAAGGAUGCUCCUGCUCUGACCAACGGUACUCAGAUGGAGGCUGAGACCCCAAUGGACACGAGCCUUACCCUCACUGACGCUUUAGCAGAGCCAACCCUGGCCUCGGACCCCACGCUGACUCCCCAGUCGCCUCCCUUUAAGUCAACAUUGAACACUGACCCCCUCCUGUCCGCCCCGUCCCCUCCUCUGCCUCCCCAGCACAUGUCUGAAAGCUACAUCCCCAGCAGCGGCUACGUUUCCUACAUGGAGACACUCCUCAGUUCACAUUUCCCUCAGGAUAACGGCCCCGGACCCCUGUAUUAAAACCAACUCUGCUAUGUUCUUCCUUAGCCAGUGGAGGCAUGAUGAGCCAAUAAGAAGUAAGCUAACGGAGGUGGAUUCUUACGAGUGCUGUAAUAUGGACAAAAACUUUUCCUCCACCUGCUCUGAGAGCUAAGGACAGAGCAGGAGAACACACACGGACACAGGCACUCUUUUAAUGCAUGUUACUUUUCUAUUGUUGACUUUUGCAGUGGUGCUUUAGCCUUUUCAGGAGCCACGGCUAAAGAGGAUGUUUUUUUUUACUUUAACAUUAUUAUUAUUUGUUGUUUCAAGGUCUUUUUUUUCUUUUUGCUUCUCUUUUAUUUUCAGUCAGCUGCUUUUGUUCAUCAAUGAAUGGGUGGUAUCAACUCCAUACCUCGAUAUGUUAAAUUAAUAACCGCACACUCCUGUUUACUUUGUACAGGAAGCUAAUUACAAUGACUUUUCUUUCAAAUUAAAGAACCAGCAACUAAAUAUCUAUUUUUAAAUCAAGCCAUUCAAGGCUUUGAAACUGGUGGAAGUGUCACAUAAUCCAUCUUCAGGAUACUUUCUUCAAGGUGUUUUUUUUUUGUUUGUUUGUUUGUUUUUGUCAUAUUUCAAAAGGUAAACAUGGGAAAGGGGUAAAAUAUGUAUUGUAGGGGGAAUUCAGUAUUUAAAUGUCUUAGUCAAAUAUUGAAAAAAAUAUUUGUAAUAGAAGAAACAUGUUGAAUGCAAACACUAUUAGAUUUGUCUGCAGGAUGCAUUGGACUUUUUGUGAAGAUGUGUCACAGUAGUUAUCAGAUGAGACCUUUAUGUAUUGACGUCAUUUACAGUCAUUAGGCGGCUCCACUUUUUACGUCCAGAACUUUCUCAGGGUUCCUACAUGUGGGAAAAAAAUAUCUUUAACAUCUUUGUCUUUACACAUUUAAGGAAAAAUAGAUCAACCCAUAAACUCCCUCAAAAUAUAUGAAAAUAAGUCCAUGAUAUGUUGGGAUAUUUUCAUAUUUGCUCUUAUUAUUGAGAGAGAUAUGUUUGUUUGUUCCCACAUUUCUCCAAAUGAACUGGCCAAACUAUCAAUUCAAAGGAUGAAAAAUAGGAAAUUGUAUGAUAUUUGGAAGAAGAAAACUAUGUAGGAACCCUUAAAGCUAGAAUUUCCUCCAUCAUUAUUGGUUUGAAUAUAUAAAUCAAUAUUGUAUAUUACUGUCUGUUUUUUUGUAUCACUGUAUGCUUUCUGUGUUCAUUUUCUUAACUGAAUUCACAAACUUGGCCAAUCCAAGACAUGAUCCUUUUAACACAUUUUCUCCUGACAGUUGGUACAGUAAGUCUUUCUUUUCCAGGAUACUGAUAUUUCAUGCUAAGGAGGUGCUACAAAGAUAUUAUAAAACUACUGAUUUUCUGAUUAUCCCAACACUGUCACCUUGUACAUACUGCAGGCCUUGUGUAUUGUGAUUCAAAUUUGUAAAUGUCUCUUUAUCUUUUUCUUUCUUUUUUUGUCAUCACAACUGAAAUGUAGGGACACACUUGUGUUCCUCUUUCCAAAUGAUAUCCAUUAAGAAAAACUUAUUUCAUAGGGAUUAAAGUGGGUUGCUAGUC